CCCGCCAUGCCAGACCAGAUCUCCGUGUCGGAAUUCGUGUCCGAGACCAAUGAGGAUUACAAGUCGCCCACCGCCUCCAACUUCACCACCCGGAUGGUUCAGUGCCGGAACACCGUGACGGCCAUCGAGGAGGCCUUGGAUGUUGACCGAACUGUUCUUUAUAAGAUGAAGAAAUCUGUAAAAGCUAUAAAUGUUUCUGGUUUGGCUCAUGUGGAAAAUGAAGAGCAGUAUACUCAAGCUUUGGAGAAAUUUGGAGGCAACUGCGUCUGUAGGGAUGAUCCAGAUUUAGGAACAGCAUUUUUAAAAUUUGCGGUAUUUACAAAAGAAUUGACAGCGCUCUUCAAAAACUUGAUCCAGAACAUGAACAAUAUAAUCACGUUUCCACUGGACAGUUUGCUAAAGGGCGAUCUAAAAGGCGUAAAAGGGGAUUUGAAGAAGCCGUUUGAUAAAGCAUGGAAAGACUAUGAAACCAAAGUGACAAAAAUAGAAAAAGAGAAAAAAGAACAUGCUAAGUUGCACGGAAUGAUUCGUACAGAAAUUAGUGGGGCCGAAAUAGCAGAAGAGAUGGAAAAAGAGCGAAGAUUCUUCCAAUUGCAGAUGUGUGAGUAUCUCCUGAAAGUCAAUGAAAUCAAGAUUAAGAAAGGAGUUGACUUGCUUCAAAAUCUAAUCAAGUAUUUCCACGCGCAGUGCAACUUCUUUCAGGAUGGCCUGAAAGCGGUUGAAAGCCUCAAACCCUCAAUAGAAAAGCUCUCCACAGAUCUUCACACUAUAAAGCAAGUGCAGGAUGAAGAAAGAAAGCAAUUAAUUCAACUUAGGGAUAUUUUAAAAUCUGCACUUCAGGUUGAUCAGAAGGAGGAUUCUCAACUCCGUCAAAGUACAACGUAUAGUUUACACCAACCUCAGGGAAAUAAGGAGCAUGGCACUGAAAGAGAUGGCAGCCUUUAUAAGAAAAGUGAUGGAAUCAGGAAGGUGUGGCAGAAGAGAAAGUGCAUUGUUAAAAAUGGCUUCCUAACUAUUUCCCAUGGUACAGCAAACCGACCUCCUGCAAAGCUCAAUCUGUUAACUUGCCAAGUGAAAACAAAUCCAGAAGAGAAAAAAUGUUUUGACCUCAUAUCACAUGACAGAACGUAUCAUUUCCAAGGAGAGGAUGAACAGGACUGUCAAAUUUGGAUAUCUGUACUGCAGAAUAGUAAAGAAGAAGCUUUAAACAAUGCCUUCAAAGGUGAUGAUAACACAGGAGAAAACAACAUUGUCCAAGAACUGACAAAAGAAAUAAUAUCUGAUGUGCAAAGAAUGCCUGGAAAUGACAUGUGUUGUGACUGUGGAGCACAAGAUCCAACAUGGCUCUCAACAAAUUUGGGCAUUUUGACUUGCAUUGAAUGUUCAGGAAUACACCGAGAACUUGGUGUUCACUAUUCCAGAAUGCAGUCACUUACAUUAGAUGUGCUGGGUACAUCUGAAUUGCUGCUUGCUAAGAAUAUCGGGAAUGCAGGAUUUAAUGAGAUUAUGGAAUUUUGUCUGCCAGCAGAUGAACUAGUCAAACCCAAUCCAAGCAGCGAUAUGAAUGCUAGAAAAGAUUAUAUUAAUGCCAAAUAUAUUGAAAGAAAAUAUGCAAGGAAAAAAUACACUGACAAUGUGACUAAGCUACAAAACCUUUGUGAAGCCGUCAGAGCAAGAGAUAUUUUUGGACUUGUUCAAGUGUAUGCUGACGGGGUGGACCUAACGGAGAAAAUUCCAUUAGCAAAUGGUCAUGAACAAGAUGAAACUGGCCUUCAUCUUGCAGUGCGAUCGGUAGAUCGGACUUCACUUCACAUAGUUGACUUCUUGGUACAGAACAGUGGCAAUCUUGACAAGCAGACGUGUAAAGGCAGCACAGCUCUGCAUUACUGCUGCUUAACAGAUAAUGUGGAGUGCCUCAAACUGCUUCUGAGAGGGAAGGCUUCAAUUGAAAUAGCAAAUGAAGCUGGAGAAACACCACUUGAUAUAGCUAAACGGUUAAAGCAUGCACACUGUGAAGAGCUGCUUGCUCAGGCUCUGGCUGGAAGGCUUAAUUCUCACGUCCACGUAGAAUAUGAAUGGCGGUUACUUCAUGAAGACCUAGAUGAAAGUGACGAUGACGUGGAUGAAAAACUGCAGCAAGCCAGCCCCAGUCGAAGAGAGGACAGACCUGUGAGUUUCUAUCAACUAGGAUCAAGCCAGCUUCAGCCUAAUGUCGCCUCUCUGGCAAGAGAUGCUGCCAAUGUAGCCAAGGACAAACAGAGAGGUUUCAUGCCAAGCCUAUUGCAAAAUGAGACCUAUGGAGCCGUCCUCAGUAGCAGCCCACCUCCCGCUCAGCCUGCAGCGCCUGUUACCAACGCACCUCCUUUGCCGCCCAGGAAUAUCGGGAAAGUUCAGUCUUCAUUUCUUGGCAGUGCUGUUCAGACAACUCCUUCAUCGAACACACUGUGGAAGACAAAUUCUUUAGGAAUGGAAAGCAUAAGCAGGCAAAGGUCUUCAUCAGAUCCACCAACUGUCCACCCCCCUGUUCCACCAUUGCGUGUAACAUCUACAAAUCUCCUCUCUUCAGCACCUCCAGCUGCAAAGGCAGCCUGUGGGCUUGAAGCUUUGAACCAGCAGUCAAAACAACCGACUAUACCACAGGCCAAACCUGCGCCACCACCACUUCCUCCACAGCCUCCAAGUCGAAUAUCUCAGAAAAAGCCUCUUUCUGGGACUGACAAGUCAUCCAACUUAACUAACAAGAGUAAGGGCCCUGGAUCUCUGCAGUCUUGUGUUGAGCCUUCCUCUGCAUCUGAGACUGCUGGAUCUCAAAUUGCCCCUUCUACCAACAUAUCAGUGCCAAUCCAGCCUCCGGCACCAAUGCCAAGAAAGUCCCAAAUAUCAAAAACAAAGCCCAAAAGGGUAAAAGCAAUCUAUAACUGUGUAGCAGAUAAUCCCGAUGAGCUCACAUUUUCAGAAGGCGACAUCAUCAUAGUUGAUGGGGAGGAAGAUCAGGAGUGGUGGAUUGGGCAUAUUGAUGGAGAUCCUAAUCGAAAAGGUGCUUUUCCUGUAUCAUUUGUGCACUUUAUUGUUGAUUAAACAGCUCCUUGCAAGUGGAGAGAGUUUCCCUUUCUAUAUUUCAUUGGGACUCCCUGUUCAUCAUCAAAUGCCUCACUGGAAUACUUCAAAGUAACAUAGUUGAAUCUUCGUUAUUGCAGUUCUUAAAAUUAUUUUCCAUGGGACUUUUAUAACAGAGCCACUCAAAAAUGUUUUGUGAUGAUUGCUGAAAGCUGCAAAAAAACCAAGAACCCAAAUCCAUGACAAUGUGAAAGGCGUAUUAAGAAAGCUAGAAGAUUAAUCUCUUGACUGCACUAAUGUGUUACAUUUUAGUGCCAAUUGUCAGGCCUACAAUAAGUAUUUAACUUUUGUGGUGAGUACGGCUUUUGAGAUCAGUCUCAGGACUGUAAGUAAAUUGACAAUUGAAAUUUCAUUUUAAAGAAUGAAAGUUUCUUUUGGUUUUAUUUAGUACAUUAAAACACUUUAAGAAAAAUAAGAACAUCCCCUCAGUUGUGACAUGGUGGAGUUUCUUGUUAUCCAUGUCCGCAGCCAUCCACAAUGUUCAUUGAUUGGAGAAGUAGGAUGGGGGUGGAGAAGUCUUUUGCCAAAGACUUCUAAAUAGCAAUCUCAAUCAUAUAUUUUUUUUAAUGCAUGGAUGGAAAGGACUGAAAGUGAUAGAAAUCCAGCCCUAUUUGAUGUCCUAGUAAUAAUCUAAUCACAUUUGAGGAAACCUCUAUAAGUACAUUCACACAGUAUGUGUUUUGUUACAGAAAAACAAACCCAGAAACUCCAAAUAAGAUACCUAAGGCUUAGGUGUUGCAAGGAAAUCCAUGUCUCUGAACAGUUGAACCCUUUUCUUCUGUUGAAAAAAGGUUAUGGAUGCAUAGGAACAAAACAUCCCUACACCCAAUCGGUGAUGAAUAUGUGCUUGAAAAUGACUCUGCAUUAGGCAGCAGCAUUGGCAGGCUUAAAACAUUUGAGUCCAAUAAAAAGUCAAAACCUGGCUUAUAGCAACACUUUAAAAAAAUUGGGAUCUAAUAACCUAGUCCAGUUUUCCCAUUGUUUGAAUAGCUUAUGUUUCCUUAUGAUGGCUUGUACUGGCACAAAUGGAGGUCUGGGUACCUUUAUUUGGUAAAUAGCGUUUAAGAUUUUAUACCUUUGUAAUACAAAGGAAGAAAUUAGGAAUAUUUAUCAGUUUAUGAGGAAAAGAAAAGAAGGUAUUAUUCUCCCUGCCAAUCUCCCCUUGUGCAUGAAGUCAGGAGAAAAGCUUUAAGAUAAAGCAGUCUGAGAAAAAAAAUUGCACGUGGCCCUCGUAUCUCAGUGGAAAACUGCUUCCUUGGAGCAGCUAAACAUAAGUAAUAUGCAUAGAUAUUCGUGAAGAUGCUUGGUUAGGAAUGUCCUCGGUUGCAUUAAAGAAAUAUUUUAGUAAUUUGAUGUGUAGAUAUUUUAAAAACUGAAAUCUGAUUACCUCGUUUUAUAAGUAUGAGGUCAUAGUUUUCUAUACUAAAUAUGCAGUUAAUAUUUUACGCCAUACACUAAUUACCCUCGAGGUAAGGGGGGGGGAACCAGGAAGAUACUGCUGAUAAAUUUAAAUGGGAAAGUUUAUGAAAAAUAUUACUUACAGUCCUUUUCUUUGAAAACAAGUUGUAAAGCACAUAGUGGUAUGUUCAUGCUGAGAUUGCUACGGUUAACAGUGUCAUAGUCACUGAUCCAAACAGUCCUGUGCUAGGGUAUACACCGCUGUCUGGCAAGCAGUUCAGUCUGUUUGUGGACUGGCAUUGUGUACUGAAAUAUAUUCUAGAACAUGGUAGUUAACACUGUUAAUAAUUGUGAAUAGAUUUCAUAAUUCAAAAUGAAUAGACUCUUACAGAACAUAGCUAUGUCCUUUUAAUGUUUGUAUAUUGUGAUAUUGUAACAGUUUUUAUUUUGCAUAUGCUACCCAAAAUGUGCACUGGUAGCAUAGAAUUAGAAUAUCAAUGUCCAGGUCACAUUGGCUUUGAUCACAAGUUUUGUGACGAUUGUAUCUCUAGAUUUAUCAAGAGAACUUUGAAUUUCUGACACAGAAAUUAUGUAUAUAUUGGCUAGUGGAAGUGGAAACAGAUGGGGGAAGGACCCUUUGGUAUAUUUAUAUUGGAUGGGGGGAAAUGUUGGAUCUCAAUAUCUUUGUUGCCUUGCUGAAGUGGUACAUUUGAGGCAAUUUGUCAGAUGUAUUGAUGCAAAUCAGUUAGCUGAUAUUAAGAACAAUAUGAGUGGUUGCAGUGUGAUGGAGGAGCAAACUGGAAUAUUUUCAAGCUAGUUUUGUUGUAUGUUUUAAAGCUAAGUCUGCAUAUUCAAAGUUCCCAUUGAAUAUAUAUGUAUAUUAGGAGAAUAGUUGGCCACUACACAUUUAUUCAGAUGCUGGUUAAUUCAGUUGGGUUUUGACCCUUUAUGUUUAUAUGCCUGGCAAAUGCAAGGACAUAAUUUCACACAUUAUUUUGCACAUUACUCACAGUGUUUAACACAGAAUCUUUCAGCAACUAUGUGCAAAGUAACCUUUUGAAGCUUCUUUAGCCUCAGAUUUCACACUGGGUAGGAUCCAAUGAACUGUACUACAUACGUACUACAAGAUGCUUGGAAUAAAAUGGUUUUCCUAUGCUAAAACUUCUUUUGAAACCAAGGAUACCAUCAAAUAUUAUAGAAUCUAUAAUACAUAUAGCUGUCAGACAAACAAAAAAUAAAAGUCAUGAAUUUGCCUAAAGAUAAGAUUAAUCUGAAGAAGAUGGCUGGAACGCUAUUUGGUAGUUUCAGAUAUCCUGAAAAAUCUUGAUUACAGCUACUAGACAAUCUUAAAUAAGAGUAUUUUCUCACACUACAUCAGUAUGACAGUGUAAGCUUGUAAGAAAUAUUUCAAAAUACAGUUUCUGUGACAUGUAACAUUAAUUCAUAACUGGUCACGUAAUCUGGAUUUU